GUACUUUUGCCUUUCUCAAAUUUGGGGCUGCAGUGAAGAGAGUUGAAGACAUGCCGGUGAUUGGAGUUGAGAACGUUCAAUCUGCAGGUGCACCAUCUGCAUGCACAGUAGGAAAACAGGGCAACAUGAGCUCCGAGCCAGGAAACUGCCAGAACCACCAGGACCAUGAUCCGGACCACGGAGACGCCGGGCCAGCCAAACAGACCAUGCCCAUGCCCGUCCCUAACCUGGAGGUCCAGUACACUAAGAUAUUCAUUGAUAACGAGUGGCAUGAUUCCUGCAGCGGACGGAAGAUGCCAGUUCACAACCCUGCCACUGGAGACCUGCUGUGUGAGGUAGAGGAGGCAGACACCGAGGAUGUGGACAAGGCGGUCCAGAGUGCUAGGGCAGCUUUCCAGCUGGGGUCUCCAUGGCGAUGCAUGGAUGCGUCCGACAGAGGACUGUUGCUCAACAGGCUGGCUGACCUGGUGGAGAGGGAUCGCCUCCGGCUGGCUACGUUGGAGGCUCUUGACUCAGGGAAGAUCUUCCUCAUGGCGUACUUUGUGGAUCUAAUGGCCACUGUUAAAACCCUGCGUUAUUAUGGAGGAUGGGCCGACAAGAUACAAGGCAAAACCAUUCCUGUAGAUGGAGAGUAUUUUACCUACACACGACACGAGCCCAUAGGGGUGUGUGGACAAAUCAUUCCAUGGAAUUUCCCUGUGAUGAUGUUUGCCUGGAAGAUCGCUCCAGCUCUGUGCUGUGGGAACACUGUAAUCAUCAAACCAGCUGAACAGACACCACUAACAGCCCUGCACAUGGCCUGCCUUAUCAAAGAGGCUGGUUUUCCCCCGGGCGUGGUGAACGUGUUGCCAGGAUACGGUCCAACAGCAGGCAAUGCCAUUGCUCAUCAUAUGGACAUUGACAAAAUAGCAUUCACUGGAUCAACUGCUGUAGGGAAACUCAUCCAGAAGGCUGCUGGUGACAGCAACCUGAAACGUGUCACUCUGGAGCUGGGCGGCAAGAACCCCAAUAUUGUCUUUGCAGACUGUGACUUGGAGUAUGCGGUGGAGCAGGCCCACAGUGGUCUCUUCUUCAACCAGGGUCAGUGCUGUCUGGCUGGCUCCAGGGUGUUUGUGGAGGACUCCAUCUAUGAGGAGUUUGUUUGUCGUAGCGCGGAAAAGGCCCGUAACAAGGUCCUGGGAAACCCACUGGUACCAGGAGUGGACCAGGGACCACAGAUAGAUCAGAAGCAGUUUGAUAAGAUCCUGGAGCUAAUCGAGAGUGGGAAGAAGGAAGGGGCCACACUGGAGUGUGGGGGUGGGCCCUGGAACCGGAACAGCCUCUUCAUCCAGCCCACUGUCUUCUCUAACGUCACUGACGACAUGCGUAUUGCCAGAGAAGAGAUCUUUGGACCGGUGCAGCAGAUCAUGCGUUUCCGCACCGUGAAUGAGGUAAUUCAGAGGGCCAACGCCACCCAUUACGGCCUGGCUGCCGGAGUUUUCACCAAUGACAUCGACAAAGCCCUCACCGUGUCCUCAGCUUUACAGGCCGGCAUGGUGUGGGUGAACUGCUACAAUGCCAUGAGUACCCAAUGUCCCUUCGGAGGGUUUAAGAUGUCCGGGAAUGGGAGAGAACUAGGGGAGUAUGCCCUCCAGGAGUACACAGAGGUCAAGGCUGUAACUAUCAAAAUCUCCCAGAAGAACUCCUAAGAUUUGCUGUAUGGUACCAUUCAAGUAUUUCAGUAGGACUUCCACCGAAAUUCUCUAUGGACCGACUGGGA